CGUGUUGCAAGUGUCACAAAUACUUGUCAUUUGUCAUUUCAUCAAACGUUGUGUUGUUAUUAUUUUAGCCAUCAGAAAGUCUUAGUUUUUCGACAUGGGGGACCGCGACAGCAGCCCCGAUAUGGAAAUCGAGCGCCCAGCGCGCCCCAUUAUCAUUCGCAACACGACAGACCUUCAAAGACUCAAAUUGGAAAAGCUCAUGAAAAACCCGGAGAAACCAGUGGUGAUUCCCGAGAAGCCCAAAGAACGCGGAGUUCCCGUAGUUCCAGACUUUGUCCGGAAUGUCAUGGGGAGCAGUGCAGGAGCAGGGUCUGGCGAGUUCCAUGUGUAUCGUCACUUGCGGCGGAAGGAAUACGCAAGGCAAAAAUACAUGAAGGAGAAAGGCGAACGGGAGCGACUGGAUAAUGAAUAUCACUCAAAACUGGAGGAGAACAAAAAUAAAGCAGAGGCACGAACGGCGAAAAAAAGACAAAAAAGACUAAAAAGGAAGCAGAAUCAGAAGGGCAAGAAGGCCAAAAAUACAGCACAAAGUGAGAGUACAAGCAGCAGCAGUGAUAGUGAAGAAGACAAUGAUAAAAUUGAAGACGAAAAUAAAGCGCCUGAAUGUGGAGAAGAAAAGCAAGGCGGUGAAGAGGAGGUCGAGAUCAAAAGCAAAAAGGCAGACAGUAGUGAGGGACAACAAAGAGAGGAAAAAGAUGAGGGUGGUGAAAAACAAGAUGAAAAUAGCGAUUAAUGUAAAUGUUAUAUUAAAUAAAAAGCACUAGUUUUCUAGAA